UAUAAUGUAAUGAAGCUUUUAUUUUUCGCUCAACAAAAGAGCAAUCGGGUUUCGUAGACUGGAAACAAACAAACGUUCGUUACCAGAAAAUAUUGAGCAGUUUAACUGCCGACAGCUGUUCAUCCACCGAUCAAGACAUUUCACCAAAAUCAGCAAAGUGCCAACACAUAGAUCCAAUCGAUCCUUCAAAGUUGAAACCCGUUUUCUCUAUCUCCCUCAAGCAACACCCAAUUAAAAGAAAGAUCCAAAAAGCUAAAUAAAGCGGGUCACUUUUCGAUCCAUCUCUGCUUGUCGUCGUUAUUUCUUUUUUUUUAAGCUGGCAGCGGAGGAGUUGUGAAACCACGUCUAUCACACUGGUUCAGAUUGGGGAUUAUUAUUUUUAUAGGGGGAUUCGUUAGUUCUGAGAUUUAAAGUACUGAUUUAUCGAUAUCAGUUUGUUGAAGAAGUGGCUGAGUGGGAAGCAUUCAUUAUGUUGUGUAGAGUUUAGCAUUUAAAUGGCUAGUAAAGAAAGUGGUGAAGGCAAUGGUAGAGAGCAAUUCAGAAAGUGUUGAGGAAGGCAGAAGUGAUGAGCUAAAGGAUAGUGUUAAGAGAGUAGGGAUCAGGCGGGAACCUUCCUUCUCGGGUUGGUGUGAUGAAGAUGGAAUCCCACAAUCAGCUCUAUUGCGAAAUGAGGGCGUGAAUGAGGAAGACUUUGAUUUUGAGUUGCCUUUGGUUCAGUCACAAAUGUCAGAAAAAGGAACUGUAGACAGAGAGAGAUUCUAUUCAAGUAAAUCUCACCAUAGGAUGGAACACAGUGGAGGCAGUGGUGAUGCUUCCACUAAUGGUUUGAGAAAUCAAAAUGAGUAUGUGCCUUUUGACGUUGAAAGUCAGCACGAUGCUGAAAGAUAUUCCGGUAGCAACAAGGACCUUAAUCAUUCCGGUAGCAACAAGGACCUUAAUCAUGUUGAUGGCAAUGGCAUAUAUAGGAAAAAACUGGAGAACCCAGUUUCUGUUGCCGAUGUGCUGAAGACAUUGUUCUUUAUACUGGUUUGGUACACGUUCAGUACAUUCCUGACACUGUAUAAUAAAACUUUAUUAGGGGAUCAUAUGGGGAAAUUCCCUGCGCCGCUGUUAAUGAAUACCAUUCACUUUUCCAUGCAAGCUGUUUUGUCAAAGGGCAUUACGUGGUUUUGGUCCGACAGAUUUCAACCGUCUAAUAUGUCAUGGAGGGAUUACUUUGUAAGAGUUGUACCAACAGCUCUCAGCACUGCAAUGGACGUAAACCUAAGUAACCUAUCACUGGUUUUCAUCUCCGUUACAUUCGCCACUAUGUGUAAAUCUGCAGCACCGAUAUUUCUCCUUCUUUUUGCCUUUGCUUUCAGAUUGGAGUCACCAAGCUUUAAGCUGCUCGGUAUCAUGUCUGUCAUUUCUGUGGGGAUACUAUUAACAGUUGCAAGAGAGGCAGAAUUUGAGUUUUGGGGUUUCAUAUUCGUUAUGCUUGCUGCUGUCAUGUCUGGGUUUCGGUGGACAAUGACACAAAUACUUCUCCAGAAAGAAACCUAUGGUCUUAAAAAUCCACUUACUUUGAUGAGCUAUGUGACCCCUAUAAUGGCAAUUGCAACUGGUGUUCUUUCUUUGAUGCUGGAUCCAUGGCAUGAAUUGAGAAAGAACGAUUACUUUAAUAGCUCAUCGCAUAUUCUGAGAAGUAGUUUGCUAAUGUUGUUUGGUGGCACUCUGGCUUUCUUCAUGGUAUUAACAGAAUAUGUUCUUGUGUCUGUAACAAGUGCAGUAACAGUUACAAUAGCAGGGGUUGUGAAGGAAGCUGUUACUAUUUUGGUGGCCGUGCUGUAUUUCCAUGACCAGUUCACCUGGUUGAAAGGGCUAGGCCUUCUGACGAUAAUGGUUGGUGUCAGUUUGUUUAACUGGUACAAGUAUGAUAAGUUACAGAAGGGAGAAAAUUCUGUUGAUUUGCCAACAGAGAAUGCAACUUCAAAAUACGCUAUCCUCGAUGAGAUGGAUGAGGAAGAAGAUAGCCCUUUAAAUCGGAGUCAGUGAACUCGAGUCGCACGAAUCAUGGCCUCCUGGUGCGAGCCUCGGAUUUUCUUAUGAGUACUCAUGCAUCUUUGAUUCAAUUCUAGGAAGGAUUUGGAUGUUUGACUACUGGAAUUUUUGAUGAUUUAGUCACUGCUCAUGAGAUAAUUCUCUGAAAAUGAUAAAUAAAACAAUUUUUUAUCAUAAAAUUUGCUUGCCACAUUCAUUAAGAAUUCUUAGUCAAGAGUAUUCAUUAUAUUUUUGUCGAUGUUCAGUUUCUGGUUGUAUUCUAUCUUGUAUAACUACGACUGUAUAUUACUUUUUCUUGAUUUGAUAUUGGAAUUCUUAGUCAA